CCUUCUCACUGAGGAAUAAGCUCUCAUGAGCUCGAACCGUGCAUUUGUAAGUCUCAGCGCCGCUCGUGACGAGCGGAGCGGAGCUCGCAACGAACACCGCUGUGAUACCGCAAGACUGCGCGCUGAACAAGAGUGAGCCUGUCGCCGAGCACCUCAUAUACUCUCACGCCAUGAGGAGGCCCCGGUCUCAGCGUUGAGGUGCACACGUCCUGGCUCCCGGGACCUCGUGUGCAGGAUGAGGACAUGGAGUUUCGUUCCCGAGUAACUCAUGCCGAUUCGACGAGGCGGGCCCCACCGACCCACAUUUCGGAAGCCCCCGAAGAACACACCAGAAUGUCGAGGGAAUGUCCAAAUUUCGGAUCUGCGAUCUGCGAUCCGACACUCCGAAGCUCUCUCGUUUCUCAAUUUGCAGCAUGUGCAGUACGUGCACGCAUAGCUUCGGGCAUAGCUCGGGGAAUAGGGGGGGAAGGAGAAGCCCCUCAGAUGUGGGGAACACGUGUGGCGUCCCGGGCCCCACCGUCUCCCGUGGGUUCUGGAAGUGGCCAGCUGGCGCGUGGCGAGCGGCGAUGGGUCCACGUGGCCAUGUCGAGAGAGGGCUAAGGGAGGAUCUGAGGGACCUUCGCAAUUGUGUCCAUGUGGGGAAUGUCCCUACUCGUCUCCUUCGCCAUGUUCCCCUUUCCAUGUCACGAAGACGCGACGGGAGUGCGUGUUCUCCUGCUUCCCCACAACGCAACGCUGUGCCGUCGCGCCAGAACGCGCUCGGGCUCUCUCUCUCUCUCUCUCUCUCUCUCGACAUGGCCCUCCCUUCCUUAUAAGCCCCCACGCGCACGCCGUUUUCUACAACCUGCUCUCGAUCAUCUAUCUGCCACGGACAGACGCAAAGGGAGAAAGAGAGACGAGGACACAUUCAAAGCCAACAAAUUGAGAAAUUGCAAUCUGGUUACAAACACACUCAUUCCCGCCUACACGCACAGCUGGUCAUAAACCAGAGUUUACAGAGAGAGCGGAAAGGAGAUCGUCCGUGAAGGAAGAGCAAGAGAAAUUCUCUGGGAUACCGUCGAAAGCAGACAGACGAAAAAUCCGUCGGGGAGAUUUUGCAAGGGAUUUUCUCAGCGAUUCAAUUUGUUCGUAAGACGCAGCUAAGUGCGUGGAACAUGACUAACCAUGGGGCACGGGGUUUGGGCCAUCGGUCGGCGAAAGGCAGAGUGUACGGGCGUGUCUCGAAUAAGUGCAGAAAACGGGUGAGUCCGAUUGUUCAAGAUGCGUGGACUGGACCAAAUCAACAGAAUGCAGGACUCAAUGAAUCUGCAAUCGCGACCACCAGAUCGCGAGUUUUGGAGGUGCUCAGGAUGGGGAACCGCGGGAGAAGAGUUGGAUUGCUGUUGAAUCUGAUCCAGCAGCAGCUGCGGGUUCAACAUUCUUCUUUUUCAUCAUCAAAUUUGCGUUUUCCAACGAACUCAGGACUCCUGCCGCUGCAUCAGAUUCGAGCUCACCGGCUUCGGUGUCUUUUGGCACUGGCGCAACACUUCGACGACAGAUCGUGUGUCAGUGUUUCACAAAACUCUCCAUCGAUCAGCAAUCCAGGAUCUGGGAUCCCUCAACUAGCAUCAGAUCUAUCCACCAUCUCCCUUUCUCAUUCAUUGUAGCCUCACUCAGAUUCUCACGUACCUUCCAUACCUGUACCGUACACUAGAUAGACCAAAUUGUUCUUGAGACAGCCCUUGACUCUAUUUCCUGUGAUAUAUUUUUUGUCCAGCAAUGAAAUCGAAAAUCAUCAAGCAAUUUGUGAGUAUUGUCCCGUGAAAGGAUUCAGUCGCGUACUGCUUUACCAAUUUUCCACCCGCUGGCAUUCGUCGAUCUCAAGCCUUGAGCGGAUGUGAUUAUGCUGACCGGAAAUAAAAUCUGCUGGCCAAGGAUGAAAAAUCAGUGGGUCCUAUCAAAACAAUAGAUAUUAUAAGUUCAUGUUAUGAGUUCAUGGUUUUCAACCGUCCCAUUUGUGUCUCAAUCUCAUAAGACUCAUGAUAAUAGAUACAUAUAUUUGGCUCUAACGGUAGAUCCAGUGCAAAAGUGAUGUAAUAGUACAUUUUACACUCCAACUAUGAUAAUUUAGUAUUUUUAGACAUUCCCUCUACUUACCAUUUCAAGUCUAUGCCUUAAUGAAAAUAGUUCAUAUAAUCUAAAGUUGUUGUUUCAUAAAUCAUGAAGUCUAUUCAUGUGCAAGAUAUUAAAUUCUUUUUAUUGUG